AUGUCUUCCACACGCCGUCGAGACGCCGCAGUCAAGAUGAAGCUCAACAUCUCAUACCCCAACAAUGGCACCCAGAAGCUGAUCGAGGUCGACGAUGAGCGCAAGCUCCGCGUCUUCAUGGAGCGCCGCAUGGGUCAGGAAGUCCCCGCCGACAGCAUCGGCGACGAGUUCAAGGGAUACAUCGUCAAGAUCACCGGCGGUAACGACAAGCAAGGUUUCCCGAUGAAGCAGGGUGUCAUGCACCCAACCCGUGUCCGCCUCCUGCUCUCCGACGGCCACUCCUGCUACCGCCCUCGCCGCACUGGUGAGCGCAAGAGGAAGUCCGUCCGCGGAUGCAUCGUCGGCAUGGACCUCUCCGUCCUUGCCCUCAGCAUCGUCAAGAAGGGCGACGAGGACAUUCCCGGCCUGACCGACAUUGUCCACCCCAAGCGCCUCGGUCCCAAGCGCGCCACCAAGAUCCGCCGCUUCUUCGGUCUCAGCAAGGAAGAUGAUGUGAGUUCUCUCAUAGCUUCUUCGCCAAUCCUGCUUCGCAUAGCGGAUUGA